GACAUCAACACUGAGUAUCGUCAAAAAGAAGAACAACAAUGAAUUUUGUCUUUGUGAAAUUAUAUCUCAUUGUUGCGUAUCUCGCAAAACUUUAUCAUUCUGAGAGUUAUGAUUGCAAAUCCAAAGACGUACAAGAAAUGAUGUAUUUAAUUGACACUGUAUUUACACCAUCUACUAACUUUUCCAACAUUAAUAAUAAUCAAGCUAAUUCUUCUUUGAUAACAUUUGCCGUUUAUACUCUCACCGAUUCCAAAAAUCCUUCAUACUAUUAUGGAAAUACUACUGAAGUAAAUUUAAACCGUUCAAAAGAAACCAAAUUCAUUGUCCAUGGUUGGAGUGAAUCAGGCAAUAAAACAUGGGUGAAAGACAUGGUAAAGGCAUAUUUCCAAACAAACAAAGACUAUAACGUUAUUGUAGUCGACUGGUCUUAUUAUGCUGAAAUAACAUACUCAAAAUCGAUAUUUUAUGUAGCCAGUAUAGGGAAAAUUGUUGCCAAUUUUAUAACUUUGGCUCAACUACCACUAGAAAAAGUACACGUCAUAGGAUUUUCACUUGGAGGGCAAAUAGCAGGACACGUUGGAAAAAAUAUACAAAUGCUUCAAGGUCGCAAGUUGGGUCGAAUUACAGGUUUAGACGCUGCAGGACCUUUGUUCUGUUUUAAAAAUCUGGUGGACAAAGAUAAAAGAAUAAACGCAGACGAUGCCGAGUUUGUGGAUGCAAUUCAUUCAAACGGAGGUGUUUUUGGAUGUCUUUACAAUUACGGAACGGCUGAUUUUAGACCAAACUGUGGAACACAACAAUCAGAUUGUUUGGUAGAAACAAACAAGAGAAACGGCUCCUUUAUCGACAAGUUUAUUAAUGACUCUUACUGUAAUCACUACAGCAGUACCACUUACUACGUCCAAAGUAUCUACGACAAAAAUAAAUUUUUAGCUAAUAAAUGUGCAAGUUGUGACAACUAUCGAAAACACAUUUAUGACACCACAAGCAAUAGUUCAGAGGAAUACAUGGGAGAAUAUUGUUCAAAACAUGCAUCGGGAAAUUACUACUUAUCGACCAACAAUUUAAACGAUUAAACCGAAGUGUUUAUGUUUGAAGAUAAUUAAGAUAUUCUUAUAAGAUUGUAACUGAUGUUCAUUUAAUUAAAAACCAAUUUAAUUAUUUGUAAAAAUCAUUUGUGCGUUAUAAACAAAA